AUGUUGCCAUUUCUUCUCAUUCUGUCCGUCUUCGUUGACCAACGCGCCGGCUACAAAGUGCUCGUUUUCAACCCGGCGUUCGGAGCAAGCCAUUCCAACUUUUUCGGCAAACUCUCUGAUAUUCUGAUUGACGCCGGACACGACGUGACGAUGCUGAUUCCAGUCCACGUGGACUGGAAGAAGCACUUGAUUGGAUCGAAAAAGGUGAAGAAGGUGAUCAGAAUACCGCAAGACCCGCGUGUUUAUCAAAUGCAUGUGGAGAACUCGAUCGAGCAAAUUAUGAAGAGGAAGAUUUGGAAGAUGGAUUCAAAUAUCAUCUCAAUGUUGUCUGUGAGUACUUUUUCGAAAUUUAGCUUAACUGUGCUUAAACGUUUCAGUACGUCGAGAACGUCACCAAAACUGUAGGAUAUCAGACGGAGUGUAGGAAAAAUGCAAUACUUAAACUGUUUCAGAAAUGUUCGGUUUGGUUUCAGACUUAUUUCAACACACGGAAAUCAUAGAAAAGUUGAGACAAGAAAAGUUUGACCUCGGAAUAGCUGAAUCGCUUUUCAUAAGUGCAUUUGGUAAGUCACGCACAUCUCCGAGAACACAUAAUAAUCUGCAGCACUGUUCGAUGAAAUCGCAAUCCGGACAGUCAUAAAUGCCGAGUCGUGUCUGUACCAACACGCGGUGAAGGAGGCCCUGGGCGAGCCGGCGGCUCUCUCCCACUAUCCCGGUCAUUUUUCGCCGGUUGACGACAAGAUGAACUUUGUGGGAAAGCUGAAGAACUUGAUGGGAUUCGUGAUCGGAAACUGGUUCAGUUGUGUCAAAUACAAAAGCGAAGUGGCUGCCUUGCCGGCGAGCUAUCAGGGAUCCAGGGAUUGGAAGCAGCAUCUCUCGAGGGUGGCCUUCAAUUUUGUCAACUCGAAUCAGUUCAUCGACUACGCAAGUCCAUCGCUUCCGAAAACAGUGUUCGUCGGAGGAAUGCAAGUGAAUACGAGCAAGGACGGAAAAGCAGAGUUGUCCGGAGAAUGGGACGAACUGCUCAGUCGACGGAGAACCAACAUAUUGGUGUCUUUCGGAACAAUGGCGUUCUCGUCGGAUAUGCCGGAUGAGUUCAAGUCAGUUUAUUGGCUGUUUCAUUAGAACUAUGUAUAACCUUUUCCAGAAAUUCCUGGCUGGAAGUGUUUGCAUCUAUGCCCAAUGCGACUUUCAUUUGGAAGUACGAACAAGAGAACUCGACAAUAGCUGAUCACCUUCCGAAUGUUAAACUCACUUCUUGGAUGCCUCAGAAUGAACUUUUAGGUAUGAACUUUCUUGUAAUAUUGUAAGCCUCUUCUUUUCAGCCGACGAACGUCUCUCCUUGUUCAUAACGCAUGGAGGACUGGGAAGUACCAUUGAACUGGCGUAUCAUGGGAAACCGGCGAUUAUGGUUUGAUUGACCCGAUUCGAUCCACUGAUCGCACACGAUUUCUUAUCACAGAUUCCGCUGAUGGCUGAUCAACCGAGAAACACGCACAUGCUCGCCAGACACGGAGGAGCCUUCCAACUGGCAAAGACCAACUUGAACAGACCGAAUGAGAUUCUAAAAGCCAUUGAAAUAGUUCUGGGCGACGAGAGUUACCAGAAAAACGCGCAAAAGUUGGCGAGUAUACUCGACGAACAGCCGUUCAAACCCAAAGAUGUCGUCCUCAGACACUGCGACUUUGCAGUCAAAUUUGGCGCUUUGGAGAGUUUGAAUUCGGAAGGACGCCAGUUGAACACGCUCGUCUUCUAUUCUCUUGACAUUCUUUUUGUUGCACUGGCCCUAUCCAUCACUUGUAUGGUUUUAUUGUAUCUUUUGCAAAGACACGCUCUGCGGUUCAUCAGAAACUGUAAUACCAUCAACGUGAACAAAAAGAUAGAUUAAGAAGGUGUGUUUUGGAUGAAUAUCACGCACGGGUUAUAAUUUAUUUAUCUGAAUAAAGCUGUCUUGCCAAGAGAAUAAUAUUGUGACAAAAGUCCAACUUGAGAAUAUAGGAAUGAAGUCGUUUUCUCACUCAUUUCUUUAUAAUCAGCCGCCUCUUUCUUCGUGUCCUCCACCCCCUUCUUUUAUGUUUUGUGCACGUGGUUUGUGUUCUGCCACCUAUUGAUCUAUGUCGUUUGAAGAGACGAAAAAGACAAAAAGUGUGCCGAUUAGGUGGUCAAUGAGGACAGUCGGUAACAAAUGAACACUCUAUUUUCACUUGUAUUUAAGACCACUAGCAUUUUCAGCAACUUCUAACACUGCAGCAUGAUUCUCCUGGUUCUGUUAUCGAUUCUCUCGAUAUAUUUGUUUCACCAACUGUACUGGAGACGAAGGAACUUGCCGCCUGGUCCGAUUCCUCUGCCGUUCAUUGGAAACUUGUACCUGAUGAAUUCAGAGGUGAAACCCGGCUACAAACUAUUUGAAGCACUCAAGUAAGUUGUCUAGCUAAAGCUCACGCACAUAGUGUAAUAUUUCAGGAAGAAGUACGGACCAGUGCACACAUUCUGGAUGGCAAAACUGCCAGUUGUCCACGUGUCCGACUGGAAUCUGAUCAAACAACACUUUAUAAAAGACGGUGCGAGCUACACAGGAAGGCCAGUGUUCCCGUUGUCUGUGGAGAUCAGAAGUGAGAGACGCAACUGUGAGCCGUGCUUUUUGUGAGUCUAUAAUAUUUGCAGAAGGAUCUUACGGGGUGAUAGAGUCGUUUGGACCGAGAUGGCAGCAACAGCGACGGUUUGCGUUGCACGUCCUCCGAGAUUUCGGAUUGGGCAAAAACUUGAUGGAGGAGAAGGUGAGAAGAGAAGAAAGACACAAAAGAACUGAUGCUUCAGAUACUGGGAGAAGUAUCCACGAUGUUUGAGAGAAUAGAAUCGCAUCCUGAUCAAGUGGACAUGCAGAACAUUUUCGAUGCGUGCGUUGGCUCCAUCAUCAACACUUUCCUCUUCGGCUAUAGAUAUGAUGAGGUUGAUACUUUUGAGAGUCAAGCGAAAGCAUCCAAAUUUUAAGAGCAAUAUGAAUGAGUUUCUGGAACUGAAAGAGCGCCUGAGCAAACACUUCAAACUGGGCGCCGAGCCAGUCGGAUUCCUAUUGGGAAUCUACCCGUGGAUUGGAAAUUUUCCAGUCUUCAGCAAAUUCAAACACAGUUAGUUUCGACGGUUCGAUAUUGUUUCCAACGUUUCCGCUACUCACCAACGUUUAGUUGUGAUCGACAACUGGCAAAGUUUGAUGAGCAUGUUUGCGAGGCAAGUCAAGCAAAAGUUGGCGACGAUCGACUACGAUUCGGAUGAGUAUUCCGAUUAUGUGGAAGCGUUUCUGAAGGAACGCAAGAAACAUGAAAACGAGCCGAACUACGGCGGUUAUGAGUGAGUUCACUGUCGAGUGCCUAUGACUACUGUGCAAUUUCAGAAUGGAGCAACUGGACAGCGCGUGUUUUGACAUGUGGGUGGCGGGAAUGGAGACCACCUCGAAUACUCUCUACUGGUCACUUCUUUAUGUGCUUCUGAACCCAGAAGUUCGUGGAAGAGUCUAUGAGGAACUGGAUAGAGUGAUCGGAAGUCAUCGAAUUAUCACAACGUCCGAUCGAAAUCAGUUGAACUAUAUCAAUGCUACUAUCAACGUGAGUGUAUCGGAGAUUUGGAAAAUAUAUCCAUAGACUAGAUUCUCAUUGCUACUUUCAGGAAACUCAACGACUCGCCAAUCUAUUGCCGCUGAACGUGAUGAGAGCAACUUCGGCGGACGUGGAAAUUGCUGGACACCGUAUUCUCCGCAAUACGAUCAUUGUGCCACAGAUCAGUACAGUCAUGUAUGAUCCAGAGGUUUCAAUAGAAACCCUAUUGCCUAGACAUGAGCUAUAUUUUCAGAUUUUCCCAGACCCACACACAUUCAAACCGGAGAGGUUCUUGGAGAAAAACGGAAGUUUGAAGAAAGUGGAAGAAUUUGUUCCGUUCUCGAUCGGAAAACGUCAAUGUCUCGGCGAAGGGCUCGCCCGGAUGGAGCUUUUCCUGUUCUUCGCCAACCUUUUCAACAAGUUCGACAUCUCAUUGCACCCGUCCAAUCCAUCGCCAAGCACGGAAAAAGAUUACGGCGUUACGAUGAGAGCCAAGAACUAUAGAGUUGUCAUGAAGAAAAGAUAA